CCGCGGGAAUGCCGAGGAUGCGGAUCCCAUGGGAAUGCCGAGGAUGCGGAUCCCACGGAAAUCCCGAGGAUGCUGAUCCCACGGGAAUGCCGAGGAUGCUGAUCCACGGGAAUCCCGAGGAUGCGGAUCCCACGGGAAUCCCGAGGAUGCUGCUGCCGGAGCGGCGCAGAGGUGCCGUGACACACUCGCGUUGUUACUCGCGACAGCGGUUUGGGUUUUCCCUGUUUGUUUACUUCGAGAAAAAGGAAGGAACUUUUAGCUUGUCUUUUGCUCAAUCGUUUCCUUUCACAGUGAGUAAAACCACGGAGCUGGAUGCCAAAGCUGGAGCUGUUGGGACAUCGGCAGAGAGGCUUGGAGGAGCUGCAGUUACCUGGGGACUUGGAAGUACUCAGCAAGCCCUGCACUGAGCCACGGGAGUCUCUGCACGGAAACCCACCAUCACCCUCAUCUCUGCUUCUGCUGGCAGCAUGAAUCCUGCCCUGCCUUGGAUCGUUCCUCUUGGAUGUGUGCUGCUGCUGACAAAGACAGCUGAGUGCUUCAUCUUGCCCAACUCGAGUCACCUGGAGAGCAUCCUGAGUAAAUACCAGGAUGGGGAAGCUCACUCCAGGUCCAAGAGGGCCAUUCUAUUCUCAGACAGACAGGAGAUACUGAUGCUCCACAACAAAUUGAGAGGUCAGGUGUAUCCAGUGGCCUCUAACAUGGAAUACAUGACCUGGGAUGAGGAGCUGGAGCGGUCAGCACACGCCUGGGCUCAGCAGUGCAUCUGGGACCACGGGCCCAGUGACCUCAUCAGGUCAAUUGGGCAGAACCUGGCGGUUCACUGGGGCAGGUAUCGAUCUCCAGCAUUCCACGUGCAGUCCUGGUAUGAUGAAGUGAAAGAUUACACGUUCCCAUACCCCCACGAGUGCAACCCGUGGUGCCCAGAGAGGUGUACAGGUGCCAUGUGCACACAUUACACCCAGAUAGUCUGGGCCACAACCAACAGGAUUGGCUGUGCUGUGCAUGUCUGCAAGCAGAUGAAUGUGUGGGGAGAGAUCUGGGAGAACGCUGUCUACCUCGUCUGCAACUACUCCCCCAAGGGCAACUGGAUCGGAGAAGCUCCGUACAAGACCGGCCGUCCCUGCUCCGAGUGCCCGCCGAGCUAUGGGGGGAGCUGCCAGAACAACCUCUGCUACAAAGAUCACCGUUAUGAAGAUCCCAUCCUUGCCGAGACAGACGAGACCAACGAGGUGGAGAUUCCGCAGGUGGCGGAGCAGAAGCCGGUGCAGUUCCACCUUCCAGAAAACAAACCCAGCAAAACCAUCAAGCCCAAGAAAAUGACCCCAGAAUCCUACAUGACACAAGUCAUUACCUGUGAAACCAAGAUGAGAGACAAGUGCAGAGGCUCAACAUGCAACAGGUAUUUGUGCCCAGCUGGCUGCUUGUACAGUAAGGGAAAGGUCUUUGGAACAUUUUAUUAUGAAAGUUCCUCCAGCAUAUGUCGUGCUGCGAUCCAUUAUGGAAUCCUGGACAACAAGGGAGGGCUGGUGGAUAUCACGAGGAGAGGGAGGACACCUGCUUUUGUGAAGUCCACCAGGAACGGUGUGGAGUCAUUCAGGAAAAGUAAACCUUCAAAUGCAUUCAUGGUUUCCAAAGUCACAACACAGACUCUGGAUUGUUACACCACAGUAGCUGAACUGUGCCACUUCAAAAAGCCAGCGAGCCACUGCCCAAGGAUUUACUGCCCAGCCCACUGUAAGGACGAGCCGUCGUACUGGGCGCCGGUGUUUGGCACCAACGUUUACGCGGAUAGCUCCAGUAUCUGCAAAACUGCAGUGCACGCAGGGGUCAUUUCAGAUGAGAGAGGAGGCUUUGUGGACGUGAUGCCCGUAGAAAAGAAGAAAACCUACGUUGGUUCCUUAAAGAACGGCGUCCAGUCAGAGAGCUUGAAGAAUCCUUCAGAUGGGAAUGCCUUCCGAAUCUUUGCUGUGAAGCAGUAAACCCCCAGGGAAGGUGCAGGUUUCUUUGGGAGAGCUCUCUCUGUUGAUCUCCAGAGACAACAAAGCUCCUCUGAACGGCAUCAGCUCUGCCCGUACCCUCCUUGCCGAUCUCCUUCAGGGAAUUCCAAAAGAAAAGGGGGAAAAAAAAAACCCAAACCAAAAAACCCCAAAAAAAGACCCCAGGUUCUGACUCAGCUGUUGGCAUCUCAUCGCACCCGUGCAGCGUUGUAUCUUUUUGUCUCGUGUCUUUGUUUCUCUAGGGGCAUUCAGCGACCAUAAACUGUUCUAAGUUUCAUUUUACCAGAGGUGUUGCUACACAGGAUGGCAGUGGCUCCAUGAGCAGCAGAUUCAGGGAUCUCAGCCUGGCCCUGGAUGGUGUUUUUAGGGUGUGAAGCUUCUCCUGGGAUGGGUGUGAGGAUGAGCAGACUCGGGAGUGAGCGGCUGUCCAGGCACUGGACACUUUGAAAUGAGAAACGCAUUUUAAAAUUGCAUUGUUGGGGAAGAGGAUGGGCUUUGACAGAGUGAUUUUGUGUAUGAUGGGCUUUGACAGAGUGAUUUUGUGUAUGUUGGAUGGUUUCUGUGCAAAAAAAGGAUAAAAAGUGGUGUUUUCCCACUGAGGUGACGUGCAGCAGCACUGAUGUGUGAGGCUGCUGGGUACCUCAAGCAAUGGGGUUUGGGGAUGCUCUUGGCAGCCAAAAUUGAGGUUUUGUGGGCCUGGAGCAGGGUGUAAAACGGUGGCAGAGAUCCUCACUGCAGAAAAUGAGGCCACCAGAUCAUCCACAGAGCAGGUUUAGUGUUUGCUGGUCAAACACUCCCAGGUAUUUUGCAAGUCUGCCAAUCUCUGAGCAGUCAGAGAAUUGGGGCUCCUGUGCUGGCACAUCUCAUCCUAUACUCCAUGCCAUAAUUCAGUUAAAUGCAGUGUAUUGGUUAAUACAGCAGUGCUGGUUGUUUUAUAGUAGUUGAGUAGUGAUAAAAUUAAUCUUAUUUCUGCUAGGAAUGGUUGCAUCUGUAGGAAGCUGGUUCACUUUCCCUUUGUGAAGCUCCUCGUGGUGUGUGCAGUUUUGAGACUUUAAAGAUGCAGCAUAAAUUGGGGUAAUUAUUUUUUUCCAGGAAUUUUCAAUUGUGAAGCCAGCAGAUCCCCACUUUCAGUGCAAAUGCAGUACCCAUGAGCAUUUGAUAUCCAGGAUGGUAGGUUUUGCAGAACUCAUAGGGUGUUGCAAUGGUGUUAUUCCAUAUUUUGAUAUUUUUGUCUUGACAUGCACCAAAAUGCAUUUCAAAGCCAAGAGAAGGGCUCAGCAUGAGCUGCUUUUUUAAGGCAGGAGGAUAUUCUCUGCUGCAUAUUGGAAGUGAAUUUUUAUGAUUGGUCUAAACACAAAUCUGGUGGGUUUUGAUACACACACAUCCAAUAGCUUCAUCAGUCAUGAGAAGACAAAGCCAACAGUGGUUCUUCAGUUUUUGUAAAUGCACAGUCCUUCCAUUCAAUAACAGAAUUGUAAUGCUGGAUAACAAAUGGGAAAAUAUUUCCCUCUGUCUGGCAGAUGUUUCACAGCUGCUCUUAUGCCCAGAACAUGUUGGGUUUAAUCUAGACAGAUAUAAGAGUCAUCUCAUCAAGCUCUUUGAAAACACAGACCAAAAGCAUUUAUAUGAUUAAAUGCUUCUUUAAUUCUGUAAACGCCAUGAAAUCAGCAAGGAAAUGACAUUUAAAUGACAUUUAUCGCUCAGUUUGUCCCACCACUGGGAUUUAUUUCUCCAUAAAAUCUGAAUUUGGAGAGAAACCUUUUUCAAAACCUGAAAUUGGAGCUGCUUUUCACUGUCUCCAAAAACACUGCACAGAAAAGCUGCUUUUGGGGCGGAUAGAGAGAAGUGACCCUCCGUGUCAUCUUUGUUUAUGUAGUAUUGUCGUCCAAGGUGUACAGUAUUGACUUUAGACAGGAAAACCGAACCAUUUCUUUUUCUUGCUCAAUAAAUUGAUGUUAAAAACAGCUGGAACAUAUCCUAGAAAAGCUGCUGGAUGCGAGCUUUUGAGAUGUUGGCAGUGAGGAAAAGCUUCCCUGUUUCUGCCCUCUGUGAAGUGUGCAUGGUCUGGUUUGAGCUCUUCCAACUCUGCAGCAAAAGUCUGGGACAUCCUGGGCCAGGUGGGCUGGGAAUGGAAUUGGAGAGAGUGAGAGGUGCAGUCAGGUUCAUGGGGACUGCAGGAGCACACAAAACACCUCGACUCUAGUGUAGGAUCCAUGAAAAUUAUGGAUGGAAGGUGAUGGAAAGGACUGUGAGGGCUCUUGGAGUAAAACCCAGGGGAUUACAGAGAGCACAUAAAAAUCCAAACAGCUGGGGAUGUACCUAGGUGACAGAAAGGGGACAGGGGAAGGGUUAUUAUUCCAACAGAAAUAUCCUAAAAUGCUUAAUUCAAGUUACAAUUGCGUAUUUUUAUCUUCAGCCAACUGGUUUGGAUUUUUAGAAACCGAUGUUAAUUUAAGUCUGUAUCUGUUUAUUUUUGUAUUUGUUGUACAAAAGAGAAAUUGUGACUUUACUACACAAAUAUUUUUCGAGGUCCUGGGUGCUAUUAAUUUAAACAUACCUCCCCCAGAAUUAGGGGUGAUCAAGGCAGUCAUGACCUAUCAAUGACUUGCAAUCAUGUGUGCUAGCUAUUCAUGAAUAGGUGGGACAGUACCAGUUUUUAGCCAAAUAUUGACAGGUUUUAUUUCUGAUACCAAGACAUUUCUCAGCCUUCUAUAUUUCAGUGCAGCUUAAAGAUGCAUCACGUCUGUAUCUCACCAGGCCCUCUCCUCCUCAGCCCCAGCUCGGCACAUCUGUAGGCACCUGAAGCAUCCAGGUGUAGCCAAAGCUGGUGCUGCCUGGUUGUUCUUUCCCAGGAAUUUGGGCUUUGGAAGCAAUGGCAAGGUCCUUGCAGAACACCUGGCUCAGCCCAAUCUCCAGGAAACACAACCAGGGUGACAUCCAGAGCCUGUGCUGGUGGGGCCUGGGCUCCACUCAUUCCUUCUUUUAAAGACUUCCAGCCAACAGCUGGUGGAGGAGGCUCCAGUUCAUCACUUGUGCAGUCUAAAUAUUUAGGGCCAGUUCAUAGAGUUGCUUUUCUUUUUUUUUUUUUUUUUUUUUUUUUCUAUGAAAAAUGGUGUAUUUUACUUCCUAUGUAUAAAAGUUACUUGUAAAUUUUUGUGUGCCUUUGCAUGUUUUCCAAGGGGCCGUGGUUGUUUAUAAACUAGAUUUUUUUUUUUGUUGUCUAAAUACAGAAUUGUAAAAUAUCUUUUCCUCCCUACCCUUCAAUUUUCUUUUGAUUUCUGAAUUAUUUGUGAAAUAAAACCUUCCUGGAAUGAA